AAAAUUUCCUUUUUUAAAAAAUGGCCUCACCUCCUUGCUUCAGCUGCAACAGCACCAGCACAACGUUUCUCCGUUCAAUUUCCAUAAAUAGCAGCACGAUCUGGAGGAGGAGGAGGAGGAGAAACGAGAAGCUCGCUCUCCCCUUCUCUUCUUUCCUUCACCCAAACCCUCAAAUUCUUCACCUGCUCCCGUCGAAAAUCCGCGAAAACCCCAGGCGCUUCUCUUGUCUUUCUAAAGAGAAGGAGAACGAUGCUCUUCGGCGAGAAGAAGAGAAAGCAAUGGAGAUCCCUAGCAAGGAUCUGGUCACCGCCGCGGCCUGUGUCGUCGGCCUCCUCACCGGUUUCAGCGUCGUCCUCUUCAACACUGCUGUCCAUGAGAUAAGAGACUUCUUUUGGGAUGGAUUACCUUCUAGAGGCGCCUCAUGGUUGAGGGAAGAGCCCAUUGAGGUAGUCUGGCAAAGAGUAAUACUUGUACCCGUUUGUGGGGGUGUGAUAGUCAGCAUCCUGAACACUCUCCGAAGUUAUCUUAAAAGCCCAUCUAAAGGCAUUUCAGAAUCCAAUGUGAAGAGUGCAUUGAGACCAUUUUUAAAGGCGCUAGCUGCUUCGAUCACACUUGGAACAGGAAACUCUUUGGGUCCUGAAGGACCUAGUGUUGAAAUAGGUUCUGCUAUAGCCAAAGGUGUUGGCCGUGUAUUUCAGUGGACAGGUGGGAAAAACUUAUCCCUUAUAGCUUCUGGAUCAGCAGCUGGAAUUUCAUCAGGUUUCAAUGCUGCUGUUGCUGGAUGCUUUUUUGCUGUAGAAUCUGUCCUAUGGCCAUCUCCAGCGGACUCAUCUUCACUGAUUACAAAUUCAACACCGUUGGUGAUCCUCAGUUCAGUCAUUGCAUCCGUGGUUUCAGAAGUUGGUCUUGGUUCUGAUCCAGCAUUUACCGUUCCAGAAUAUGAUUUUCGUUCUGCAGGCGAACUUCCGUUGUAUCUUUUGCUGGGUAUUCUGUGUGGGAUGGUCUCAUUGACCUUAUCCUGGUGCACUUCAUAUGCUCUGAAGCUUGUGGACAUUUUUCACAAGGCCACAGGAAUAACAAAGGCUGUUUUUCCUGCACUCGGUGGUCUGACUGUUGGUCUGAUAGCAUUAGCCUAUCCUGAGAUUUUAUACUGGGGCUUUGAAAAUGUUGAUAUUCUACUGGAAUCACAACCAUUUGUAAAUGGACUCCCUGCUUCUAUUCUAAUUCAGUUAGUUGGGGUGAAAAUAAUCGCAACAUCACUGAGUCGGGCUUCUGGAUUGGUCGGAGGCUACUAUGCACCAUCUCUUUUUAUUGGUGCAGCAACUGGCAUGGCUUAUGGAAAGUUUAUUACUUCUGCAUUUGUUGGACCCAAUCCUUUGUUUACCCUUUCCAUAUUAGAAGUGGCAUCACCUCAAGCAUAUGGUCUGGUGGGAAUGGCUGCUACUCUCGCUGGUGUAUGUCAGGUACCCUUGACAUCAGUUCUGCUCCUGUUUGAGCUAACGCAUGAUUAUCGCAUAGUUUUACCUCUACUUGGAGCUGUAGGAUUAUCUUCAUGGAUCACCUCUAGUCAGAGUAGAAAGAAAUCUGAAGGAGAGAAAUUAGAGAAAGUUGAGGUUGUUAGUGAUGGACAACCUAGAGAUCUGUAUCAGAGUCAGAUAUCAACCAAUUCUCCAGUCUCUACUGAAGCAGCUGAAUCUGAUACUACUGAUCUGUGUAAACUUGAAAGCUCUCUUUGUUUGUAUGAUAAUGACAUUGAUACGAGUAGUUUAGCAGAACGGCUUAUUGUUGCACAAGCUAUGAAAACCAGAUAUAUUACUGUUCUUUUGAGCACCUCAGUGGUGGAAGCAGUCACUUUGAUGCUUGUGGAGAAGCAAUCUUGCACAAUGAUAAUUGAUAGCAACCAUUUCCUGUUAGGAAUUCUGGAGCUAGAAGAUAUUCAGGGCUUCAUCAGAGUUACCAGAGCACGCGGCAUGGGAAUUGAGGUAGACAAGAUAGUUGUAUCUGAUAUCUGUCACGUGCAAGGAAAUAAGUGUCAGGUGUGGACUGCAACACCAGAUAUGACACUUCUUGCUGCUAAAAAGAUCAUGGAUUCACAUGGAGUGAAUCAGCUUCCCGUGAUUUCAGAUCAUAACGACAGGCAUUUAAUUGGGCUCUUAGACAAGGAGUGUAUCAACAUUGCUUGCAGGUAAAAUUCUAUCAAAUAUUAACGCCUUUUUUUCUUUUUUGCAUUAUACUUCAUCAACAAACAAUUAACCUUACAACAAUUCAAUAUGCACACACAGAUUUAUCGGCAAGGCACUGACGCUUGUGUGAUUUAUUUUUAGGUAAAUUUCACAUAACUACCAUGAAUUUUGGGAACUUUUGCACAAAACCACCAUUCAACUUCUUUUAUUAGAGAAACCUACCAUGAACGUCCGAAACUGCAGAAAAUUAUUAGAGAAAAACCACCAUACAACUUCUUUUAUUAGAGAAAACUACCAUGAACGUUCGAAACUGCAGAAAAUUACCAUGAGCUAUGAGACUAUGAGUAAUUAUUGCCAAUGGCAUUAUGUCUUGGAUAAAGGUCAACUGCUCUUAUUUCUUAUAUAACCACAAAAUUCAUAGAAAAGAUGCGUUAUAAGUAAAUGAGGGAAGAUUUGACCGAAACAUGUCAUGUGAAAAGUGUGGCGUACUUACCCCAACCAUCGUCAGGCAUGGUAGUUAACUAAAAAGUGUUCCGGCUAGUUUUAUCUAAUUAAAGAAAUCAUGAUAGA